GCCGCCGCCGCCGCCGCGGCCCGGCCCGCCUCCCCCCAGCACCCCGCGAGGAACAGCUCCGGUGCAGCUUGCGGCACCGCAGUGAAGGGGGAGAGAGGGGGAAGAGAGAGAGGCAGGAGGGGAGGAAGGAGGGAAGGAAGCAGCCCGCCUCGCUGGGUUACCGAGAGCAAUACGGGAGCUUCCAGGACAAACUGAAUCUUUUGCAAAAAUAGCUCUUCCAGGGUUAGGCUUUUUUUUUUUUUUUUUCUUUCAGCCGAGCGCACCGGAGAGGUGCCCCCUCCCAGCGUGCACCCAACCCGCCGGCCUGAGGGGCACCCGCAGCACAGCCGGCAGAAUGUACCAGGGCCACAUGCAGGGGAAAGGCUCUAGGGCGGCAGAUAAGGCUGUUGCCAUGGUGAUGAAGGAGAUUCCGAGGGAUGAGGCUGCAGAGGAAAAGCCCCUCCUCACUAUGGCGUCACAGCUAGUGAACGAGCAACAAGAAAGCAGACCCCUUCUGAGUCCCUCCAUUGAUGACUUUCUCUGUGAAACUAAACCAGAAGCUGUUGCAAGGCCUGUAACUUCAAAUACUGCAGUAUUAUCAACAGGUCUGGAUCUCUUGGAUCUUAGUGAACCUGCCUUACAAACCCAAAACAAAGCAAAGAAAUCAGAGAAUCCAUCAAGAGGUGAAGGCUUAAAAACAUCAACCCACAGAAAGAAGACAGACAAUUCUGACCUUAUCAGUGUGGAUACAGAACAGAAAGUUCAGGCUGUCAGAGUUUCAGACAAGUCUUCACUAGAUUUAGUUGAUAUUCAGACACAGAUUGAGAAAUGGGAUGAUGUCAAUUUUCAUGGAGACAGGAGCUGCAAGGUCCACCCUUCUGCAGAACGAACAUCAUCAUCAUCAUCUAGAGCUCCAUCAAAAGAGCUUUUAUGGUCCACAGAAAAUAGAUCACAGUCUGAGCUGACUAAUGUCAAGAGUGCUUUCGACACUGAUUCAACAUCAGAACUAGAAGUUGCACCUGCAAUACAGGUGCGAUCAACUAAGGAGCAGCGUUGGGGAGCACCUCUUCUCUCAAGAAAUCACUCACUGGAAGAGGAAUUUGAAAGAGCGAAGGCAGCUGUGGAGUCAGACACAGAGUUUUGGGAUAAAAUGCAGGCAGAAUGGGAAGAAAUGGCUCGCAGGAACUGGAUUUCAGAGAACCAGGAAGCACCAGGGCAAGUCACCAUCUCUACCAUAGAGAAGGGAUAUUAUUUCCAUACAGAAAAUCCUUUCAAAGACUGGCCAGGUGCUUUUGAGGAAGGACUGAAAAAAAUGAAAGAAGGUGACCUGCCCGUUACAAUCCUGUACCUGGAGGCUGCUAUACUACAAGAGCCCAAUGAUGCAGAGGCCUGGCAGUUCCUGGGCAUAACACAGGCAGAGAAUGAAAACGAGCAAGCAGCCAUUGUCGCCCUCCAAAGGUGCUUGGAACUGCAGCCAAAUAACCUAAAAGCUCUGAUGGCACUAGCUGUAAGUUAUACUAACACAGGCCAUCAACAGGAAGCCUACCAAGCUCUAAGAAACUGGAUAAAGCAAAAUCCAAAAUACAAGUACAUAGCGAAAAGCAAAAAAGGGUCCCCAGCACUUAACAGGAGAAUGUCUAAGACAUCAGAUGAAAGCUCAUUACUUGAAGAAGUAAAGGAUUUAUACCUGGAGGCUGCUCACCAGAAUGGUGAUAUGAUAGACCCUGACUUGCAGACAGGACUUGGAGUUCUUUUCCACCUGAAUGGAGAAUUUAACAGAGCAAUAGAUGCAUUUAGUGCUGCUUUAACUGUUCGGCCAGAGGACUAUACGUUAUGGAACCGUCUUGGAGCAACCUUGGCAAACGGGGAUCGAAGCGAAGAAGCUGUUGAGGCCUACACACGUGCUUUAGAAAUACAACCUGGCUUCAUUAGGUCCAGAUACAAUUUAGGCAUAAGCUGCAUCAACUUAGGAGCAUACAGAGAGGCUGUCAGCAAUUUUCUCACUGCUCUCAGUUUGCAAAGGAAGAGUAGGAAUCAACAGCAAGUUCCCCAUCCUGCUCUAUCAGGCAAUAUUUGGGCAGCACUUCGAAUUGCUCUGUCUAUGAUGGACCAGCCAGAACUAUUCCAAGCUGCCAAUGUGGGUGACCUAGACAUUCUAUUAAGAGCUUUUAAUCUAGAGCCGUAAUAAAACGUAUCCACAAAUUAAGUUGUAUUAGGAAGCAGAGAACUCUUUUAUUACUCAUCUCAAAAUGACCACAUUUAAAAAAAAAAUAUCUCACAGUUGUAGAUCAGUAAGGGAAUUCUCUCAGAUGUUAUUCAAAAAGGAGAAGUUCAAAAGCACAAAAUAUUCUGAAUAUGCUCAGACUCAAAGGAUCAAAAUGAGCAGCAACUAAUCUGACAAAGUCCUGAAUUAGAUGAAGAAUCUUCAUCCCAUGCAAGCUCUCUCUCUAUUCAUACACACACCUAUACAAAGAAAUAUACUAAAAACAAACCUAGAUAAUUAUUAUCGCACAUUAGAAUGGCAAGCAGCACAUCCAAGGAGCCUGCUUAGUAGCUCAUCACACUAUGCUGGCAUCACUUUGCCAUACAACGUGAAUUCUUCGCCCUUUGCUUUCUUCAAAAUAACUUCUCAAGGUCCAUCUUUAACAUAGCUCUGACAAUAGAUGCAUGUGAAAUGAACGUAUUUUGGUUUGAAUGUAUUUAUCAGUUGGCAUUCAAGAAAAUCUUUGCUUCUGAAGGUACCUUGAUUAACUUGGGCCAAGUUCGAUGUCAACCAUGUGUGAUAUUAACAGGAACAUUGUACAUGGAGGUCUAUGAGAUUAGGCCAUGUAUAUAUUGAAAGGACAGCUGCUGCAAGCAGAAGCAGUAAUUUGCACUAGAAUUGAUGCUGUUUAAACCAGCUACCCCUGAUCGUGGACAGAGAAUGUCUGCUUCAAAGGAGCUCACAGCAGGAUCUGUCAAUGUGUACUUAUGCACUUUAAUCUUUCUUUUUGUAAAAUUGUGCUAUGCUUUAUUUUUAUUUUAAUUACUAAAAACAGAAUAUACAGGAUAGCCUUGUUGGCAUAGAGGACCAAAUAUCAUUUCCUGAAAUGUGGUAAGAGGGUUUUCAAUAUUCUUAUGUUUAAAUGAUGCAAACACAAUAUAAACUGCAAUAUCUGUUAGAAAGAUUAUUCUAUUAUGCAUCAGGUACUACAUAUGCAUGCGUGUGCAUGCACAUACAUAUUACGUAUGUUAUGUCAUUCAAAACAUAUUAAGCCACAGAGCACUUUUGCAAAUAAAGUCUUCAUAGAAGCUCAUACCUGCAAAGCAUGCUCAAGGGAAAGUUUUUCCUGACAAGAAUCCUCUAUUUAAUGCUUGUACAUUUGAGACUGAGAUUUAAUCCUGCUGUUGUGGCAAACAGUAGCAAAAAGUUUGUGACAUCUAUCAUAGCAGGCUAAAUGCUUAGAUAACAUCAGUAGUUCUAGCUACUUAAAAAUAUAUAUGCAUAUCAUCUUAAUUUUCCCUGCUUGGAUGAAUGGGGAACAGUAUCGAGGGAGGGGCUGCACCGCUACACGACGAAUGGCUUGAUUCUGGUACAAUGCAAAUAGGUUUAGCUCGAGAUAAACGUGUCAAUCAAAUACAGGAAUGUAUAUUUCUAAGGGGAAUAAUUUUCAGUUAUUGAUAUUUUUACUACUUUUCCUAAACAGUGGAAAAAAGAAACACAAUUGGAUGGCUACUGUGUCAAUUCAUGGUCAGGGAUAUAAGGUGCAGGGUAGCUACUUGAACGUGAUGAAGUGGGACAAGCAGCACAUUCCCUGUAAACAGCACUGAAAACAACAACAAUGCUGAACAGCUCAAUCAGCUGCUUAAGGAAAAAGAAAAACCACAUGCACAAAUCACAAAGAAAGAAGCUCUAUGGGAACUGGACAGUUUCACCAGUACGAGCUUAAGUUUCUUGCAGCUGUUAUUUUGAGCAAUCACUUAAAAGAAAAUUCCAUUUAAGUUAGUGCAAUCACUGCAUCUAAUUACCAACAUAAGUGGUUAAGAAUAAUCAUUUCUUAUUAAAAAUAAGAGGCUUACCUCUCCUUCAUGCCCACAGAACAGAGGUGCUGAAACGUCUACAAAAAUAU